GCGGAAAAACGCAUCUUGCGGUUUUGGCGGGAAAGUGUGUUUUUCAGCUUUUUGCGAGAAAAUGCAUUUUUUGGUUAUAGCGGAAAAAUGUAUAUGCAAAAAAAUAGAAUUUACGGUUUGAAAAUAAUCUUUUGAUUUUAAAAAGUCAUUUUUGUCAUUUAUCAUUUUGGACUGAACUAGAUGCAUUUGCAUCUAGAUGCAUUUGCAUCUAGAUGCACCAUCAAGACUUAUUUUCAUUUGGGUGAGAAUUUGGGAUGAAUUUUUAAAAAUUCAGCUAGGUGAUCCAUCUGGAUGUAGCAUAAUAAUGCACAAAACGAACAUCAAUUUGAAUCUUCACCCAGAUGGAUCACCUGGGUGAGCAAACGAACAGAACCAUAAUACUUACAAAAACAUCUAUCACGUCUUUUGUUUUUUUUUGUCAACUUUGCAUUUCAUUUAGAAGCCAACUAGGCAAUUAAUGUAAGUCUUUCUCCUUUUGCUAUGUCUUCUCUCUAAAUCCGACACAGAAGAAAGAUUGAGAGAAAACCUCUGCCGGAGCUUCUAACAAUCUCAUCUCCGAUCAGUAAGUUUGAUUCUGGAAAGCGGUGAUCCUUCUUACACUGCUAUCGCCAGCUUUUGUUUUUCGGGAAACGGUGGCUCUGACAGCACCGGUUUCGCUGGCUUCUUCUCCGGUUUGAUCCGGAAUCAAGUUCUCGAUCUACGCUUUUGGUCUUCCUCUGUCCAAUUUCUAAGCGUAGAUCGAGGUUUUUUGAGAUCUAUAGUUUUCAUCGGUUUUGGGCUCCAAGGUGGAGUUGGAUCGCGCUUUGAUCUGAAUCCGGCGGAAGCUGUUGUAGUCUUCUGGUGGAUGUCCGACUAUUGCGGCGACGGAGGUUGCAUGCCGGUGAAGGGGUGGGGCUUCGAUCGUAGGACACUUGCCCUUCUGAUGGUGAUUCGGUCAAAACAUGGCGGCCUGGUAACGCGUGUCCCUUGCAGCGAGGAUUUCAACACGUGUCCCGUUUCAUGCAACAAGCGGGAAUGAAGAGGCGCCUUCUGGAUUAGUGUGAUGGGCUUAGGGCCCAAUAGGUUACGGUGUGGUUAGCCCCAGUGUGUUUGGGCUUUAGUCUCUGGACUGGGUAGUAAGUAUGGCCCAUGUUGAGUGAACGGUUGGACCGGAGUGUAUGGUCCACGUUGGGUGGACGGUUGGGCUGAAGGCCCAUGUGUUUGAUUGUCCCUUUGUAUGCCAUUUUUGGGUUUUAUGUUGUUUUUGUUUGGUCUUUUGCCCUUUUAUAUAAUAUUAAUAGAUGGGAAAAAAAAGCCAACUAGGCAAUUACAAGCUUACAAUCAAACAGCCAUCCCCACUACAAACCCGAAUACACAAUUAAGCCCAAGAAAUCCCAAAUAUAACAUAAUUUUGAUAAAUCCUCUUUACUCUUUGGUAAAAGAAUUUCAGUGAAUGAAAGACAGCAGAUCAAAAAUACACUUGGUAUCCAAAACAAGGCGGAAUGAGCUCCUAUUUAGAAAUCCCAGAGGAUAUCAGUGGAUCAAAGUGUAAAAUUUCCGCUUUCUUAAAAGAGAAGUUACUACACAGAGUGAAUGGUUGGACUGGUAGAUAGCUGUCUAAGGGAGGAAAGGAAGUUUUAGUUAAAUAUAUCUUGUUAGCUCUUCCGACCUAUGUCAUGUCCAGCUUCCUGCUCCCAUUGGAAAUACGUGAGAACCUAGCAAGUGCCAUUGUACAAUUCUGGUGGAGCUCGAAUCCACCAAAAAGAGGAAUCCACUGGGAAAAAUGAGAAAAAAUGUCUGCACCUCGGGAGGAGAGAGGAAUUGGCUUCCGCAUGAUUCAUGAAUUUAAUCUAGCUCUUUUAGCUAAACAACUUUGGCGUCUUUUUCAAUUUCUAGAUUCAUUAGUGGCGAGAGUUCUUCAGGGAAAAUAUUACCGUCUGAGUUUGCCGUUCCGAAUUGGUACAGUAGAUACCCCAUCGUAUGUAUGGACGAGUAUUAUAGCCGCGAGGAAGCUAUUACUUCUGGACUUCAUAAGCAAAGUGCAUUCAGGAUAUGCAAUUAAUGUGUGGGAGGAUCUUUGGAUCCCUUCGACGCCUGCAAGGCUGGCUCGCGCCCGGGCCACAACAGUAAACCCAAAGAUGACCGUUAGUAGUCUUAUCAAUUCUAAAUCAAAGGAGUGGAAUACUCGACUACUGGAACAAUAUGUAGCUUAAGAGGAUAUUUUGAUUAUUCCGAGUUUGACCAUAAGCCCAACUCACCGACAUGAUACAUUUUGCUGGGGUUACACCAAAAAUGGUCAAUAUACUGUUAAGUCAGGAUACUGGGUUGCUUUAAAUUUAAUGAGAGCUGAGGAGGAUAUAGAAGUUCUACAACCCAUCAUAACCAAAAUUCAAGCCUUCGCUUGGAAGGUGAAUGUGUCACAAAAGAUUUGUCAUCUUAUAUGGUAACCAAUCUCAUGACAGGUAACAGUAACAAGGAAUAUGUUACGCCGUAAUAUGUGUUGUGAUAAUUAUUGCCCAAGAUGUGGAGAGCCAGAAGAGACUGUUACUCAUGCGAUCUUUGAGUGUCCACCGGCCUUACAAGCAUGGGAAUUAUCAUCAACACCGUGAGCUCUCAAAUCUUCCAUGUAUCAAGUAUUUAUGCUAAUUUGGACUACCUUUUUGGGGGAAAGAGUAGUAUCAUGGAGCCAGCAUAUGAUAGGGUCCCUAUCCUUGGAUAAUUUGGUUCAUCUGAAAAGGUAGGAACGAUAAGUUGUUUAGAGGCAUAGACAGAGACCCAUUGGAACUAGUCAGGUAUGCAGAUAGUGAGUGCCAAGCUUGGUACAAUGCAAGAGACACUGUAAUGGUUCCUACGCAGGUACAAAUUGCUGAAGAAACACAGGCCUUAAGCUUGGGUAAUAUUUGUAUGGUGGAUGGUUCAUGGACUUCCACAGCUCAGUUUAGUGAAAUUGGAUGGGUUUGGAAGGAUAGCAUGGGGAAGAUUCAACUCAUGGGGUCAAGGAAUUUAAGGAGGCGAGAGACAGCGUUACACUCGAAACUGGAAGCGCUACAAUGGGCAAUAGAGAGUAUAAUACAACACUCGACCUGUCAGAGGUUUGGGACAGAUUGCAAGGUGCGAUGAUAGAACAUCCACAAGCUUGGCCCAACUUCUCAACUGAGCCGAAAAUCAUUCAAACUCUUCGGUUGUGUUUUUCGGACUUCAAGAUCAGCUACUUUCCAAGGACGCAAAAUGAGAUUGCAGAUUCGUUAGCUAGGAAUGCACGUUCUUUUCAAAGAUCUUUAUGUUUUAUUGGUUCUUCCACUCCGGUCUGGCUACCCAUACUACCUCAAGUUUGAGUAAUAGAAUAACUGUUUGCUGCAAAAAAAAAUAAUAUAUAUAUAAUUUGCUUUCAUCUUACGGGUGACUCUGCAGCCCAUGCGUCAGACAAAAGAAGGAAGCAAUACACGUGUCAAAGCUUCUGUAUGCAGUUGAACACAAUUCACGGGCCUGAAACGCGCCGCCGAGCGAAAAGGGGACCUGCUUCACCAAUGAAUUUGGCUUAAUACGAUCUGCAUCAUUUGGGCUUGUUGAUCUUCACUUGAGAUUGCCUUCCAUCUUCAUUGAGACUACUUGACUGGAAACGAUUUGAUUCACCGGAAUUUAAGCGGAGGAAACUUUUUCACAUUGGAAAAAGACCAUUUAUCGGUCCGCCAUAGACGCCGAUUCUUCUUGAUCCACUCCAUAAAUGACAACAGAGAUCCUUCAAACCCGUUCAACUCCCGAUCAGAGAUGCUUUCUUCAAAGCCAAUCUGGCUACACCAACGAAGAAAGACUGAUUCUCCUAUGAAUUGGUUAGGUGAACGGAGAACCAAACGAUGUCCUUUCAAUUGUCUCCGGGAUAUAAUACAAAGCUGUAGGAAAGCAACAUGAUUCCCUACUACCGAUCAAAACUGAUAGGAGUUUAUUGUCUUCUAUCAUCAAUCCAAAGAAGAUUAGAAUGAAACUCUACUCGAAGAUUGAUUGAAGAAGCACUCCAAAAGUCGCCAUCGCGAAAGUUUAAUCCACUAAAUCGGAAAAACUAAAGUCGCCUUGCGAAGAAACUAUUUUACAGAUCAAAAAAACAAAACAAAUUUCAUUUCCUCCUUCUGAAAGAUCUGUAAGUGUGAAGAAGGAAAGGAAGAGAUAAUCUUCUCUCUCACAUCUAGAUCUUCACAUAUACUCUAUUAAUAUUUUAUGUUUCUUUUUUUUUAUACCAAGAGGUUUUAGGAUUUAAGAUUGUAAAUUUUUAGGUUCAAAACAACCUUUAAUAUUAAGUUUUUCUAGUAGUCAGCCAAAUUAGGAAUUUCUCAUACAAUUACUAGAGUUUUUUUCAGUUAACCUAAUGAUCUCUGAUUAUUUUAUAAUUUUCCUUUUUAGACAUAUUUGUAGAUAAAAUAGAGAAGCCGCGAGAGCGAAAACAUGUUGAGUAUCAACCGCGAGAAAUUUAUUCAUUUUGACAUUAUACAUCAUAGUGUUUGAAUGGUGCAAUAGCAGGUGUUCUCUACAUAAUUGAUUUUGUGUACUUUAAAACUAUUUACGUUUUUUGAAGUUCCAAAACUGACAAGGAGAAAGACUUCACAAAUAUUAACUUUUUUUUUUGUAUAAAAACAAUUCAUCUGCAUGUAGUUUUACCCACACCACUUUUGAUGCUAUCCGAAUUAUUCUACCUCUCCCUUAGCCAGUCGAUAAUUUUCUACAAAAUAAAAUAAAUCUAAAAAUAUUCAAUUAAUAGCUUUUCGAUGUUUAAGAUAUUAACUGUUAUUGUUUUUAGCUUCGCUGUUGAUUCUGAGAACAACGUAAUAGCUUUUCGAUGCUUAAAACUAACCUUUCAUUAAACAAAUUAAAACCAUUUUUAAAAAUUUUAAUGAAAAAGGAUAAAAAUAAAAUGUUGUAGAAAGGCAAAAGAAAUGUGAAACAAUUAAAAAAAGAGAACAAAAGACAAGGAACCAAAUAUCCCGUAACCCUAAUGUUCUUCCAUAUCAAAAUCCUCCACAACCAUUCAUUUAAAAUCCUCUAAGGUAGAACUUGAUUCCAAUACAAUAGCAUAUCUCCUUUGUUAUCAGCCGAAAAAAACUCAUCCAGUUGUUGCACCAAAUUUCCAAACACCAUAUGUUGUAUAGAUAUGCAUAUAAAACAAAAGUUUGUGAAAAUCAUAAGAUAAACUAUGGAGAAAUCAUAGAUUGAUGAAGAAAAAAAGGUAAAAUUGUUUUUUUUUAAAUAUAUUUUGGCAAAGCAAAUCGAUCAAAACAUGUUUUAAGAAGUAAGAAUAUUUUUAGAAUAUUUUUUUAACAAAAACUUCCCUAAUUUUCAAAAAACAGGGUUUCUUAUCCGUAGAAAUCACCUUCUACAAUGAGUACAACCACGAAAAAAUCGUGAAUGCAAUUUCUACUUCAUGUAGACGUAUGUAUUAUAUUUAGAUUUCACAUUUCCGAAAUUUUAAAAUACUUCAUAAAAGUAGAAACUGCACUCGAGAGAAAAUUAAAUAUCUUGACAAUUAGUAGAAUUCACAUUUCUCAUAUUUAGAAUUUUAAUUAAAAGUAGAUUGUUCGUUCUAAAAAAAAUAGAUAGACUUAUUUAUUUUGGAAUUCGUUUUCUACUAACUCAUUUUUACGAAUUCUAUUUUUAGUAGAACAUAAUUUUAAAAUUUUAUUUAUCAAUUUUUUCAACAAAAGAAAAAUAUGUGUUUGGGUAUAUGAGUGUUUUAUUAAUUGUUUAUAUUUUUAAUAAUUUUUUUGACUCAUAAAACUAUUUAUUUCAUUAAGUUUCAGAAAUAAAAAGGUUAAAAAAGAAACAAAAUAAACAAAAUUGGUUUUAUACCAAAAAAAAAAAAACAUCCUAAAUUUUUGUCCCAUUUCGACAAGUUUUCGAAAAAGUUUAGAACCGAGAAUUAACCGAACGAGAAAAAUCAAUUCCACUAAUAAUAAGCAACAACUUCGUCCGAAUUAAUUCACAACUUUACCUUUUAACCGACGCUCCAUCUCAGGAAUACAAACCGAAAAAUCCCAAAUCGCAACAAGUUCUCCUCUCCGCCGUAGCCGUAAUCUACCGGAGACUUUACCUUUCGUUGAUGGGCCAAUCAACAUCCGCCGCCGGAAAGAUCAUCCUUAAUGGACGGAGAACCAAAUUGUUAUCUUCCAACUCUUCGAUUGAAACCGAGGUCUCACCGGACUACACGUCUUAUAUACCCGACGAGUGCUUAGCCUUAGUGUUUCAGUUUCUCAACUCCGGUAAUCGGAAAAGAUGUGCUCUCGUUUGCCGACGGUGGAUGAUCGUUGAAGGACGUAAUCGUCACCGUCUCUCUCUCCACGCUCGCUCAGCUCUGAUUACUUGGAUCCCUUCCCUCUUCUCUCGAUUCGAUUCCGUCGUGAAGCUUUCUCUAAAAUGCGACCGUAGAUCCGUGAGUAUCAACGACGAGGCUUUAGCCAUGAUAUCUCUCCGGUGUCGUAAUCUGAAGAGGCUUAAGCUUAGAGCUUGCCGUGAGCUCACUUACAAAGGUAUGGCUACGUUCGCUGAGAACUGCAAAGGUUUGAACAUACUCUCUUGUGGAUCUUGCGAUUUCGGAGCUGAAGGCGUGAAGGCCGUGCUCGAUCACUGCUCCUCCCUCGAGGAGUUAUCCAUCAAGCGUCUCCGUAACUUCACCGACUCAAGUCAUGAGCCGAUCGGUCCAGGUCUUGCUGCUUCUUCUCUCAAGUCGAUUUGCUUGAAGGAGCUUUACAUUGGCGAAUGCUUUGGUCCUGUGAUCGCCGGGGCAAAGAAUCUCAGAUCUUUGAAGCUUUUCAGGUGCUCUGGUGACUGGGACAUGGUUCUUGAAGAGAUGGCGGUUAAGGAGCAUGGUAUAGUGGAGAUUCAUCUAGAGAGGAUGCAAGUCACUGAUGUAGCUUUAGCUGCCAUCUCUAAUUGCUCGAGCCUCGAGAUUUUGCAUCUUGUGAAGACGCCUGAAUGUACUAAUGGUGGAUUAGCUGGAAUUGCUGAGAAGUGUAAGUGUUUAAGGAAGCUUCAUAUAGAUGGAUGGAAAGCGAAUUUGAUUGGAGACGAAGGGCUUGUUGCUGUGGCUAAGUUUUGUUCUAAGUUACAGGAGCUGGUUCUCAUUGGUGUGAAUCCGACAACGCUAAGUUUAGCAAUGUUGGCUGUAAAAUGUCAGAAUCUUGAAAGAUUAGCACUUUGUGGUUGUGAUACGUUUGGUGAUCCUGAGCUUUCUUGUAUUGCAGCGAAGUGUCCGAGUUUAAGGAAAUUAUGUAUCAAGAACUGUCCGAUUUCAGAUUUGGGGAUCGAGAAUCUUGCAAACGGUUGCCCUGGUUUAAUUAAAGUGAAAAUCAAGAAGUGUAGAGGAGUGAUGGGCGGUUGCGCAGACUGGUUAAGAACGGUCAGGCCUAUGCUUUCGGUGAACGCAGACACCGUAGAACCAGAAGGUCAUGAAGAAGGAAGCAAUGAUGCUGUUGAAGGAGGUUUGCAAGAGAACAGAAUCGAGUUCCCUAGUUUGAACAGCCAGAUUGUAGCACCAAGCCUUGCGUCAAGCAGUAGAAGCCGGUCAGGGUAUUUCAAAUCACGAGUUGGAUUAUUCAGUGGAAUAAGUUUAGUAGCUUGCACUUUGAGACAACGUGAAAGCAGUUGAUUGGCUGUGCAAGAAAAUAAAGAUAAAUCAAGACUCCGUCCCAUGCAACUCCUUUGAUCCCAGCCCCAGGGUUAUUCUUCUGGUUGUGGAAGAAAACAAAGAAAGGGUCAGACAAAUGGGCUCAAAAAAAAAUUAUGCGACUCAUACGUACAUUAAAAACAGUAGCAUAGAAACGUUGGAAACAUGAUUUCUAGUACGGGAAACAUGAUACGUGGAAACAUGAUUUCUAAAAAGUUAGGAAUAGAAACGUCGUAGAAGCGUCUAUAAUAUAUAUAUAUAUUACGAUUAAUCAUUAUGUAAGUUUGAUUGUUUUUCGUUUGAUUUAUUUAAGAGAAAAAAAAAAGUAAUAGAAGUAUUGUUUUCUUUGUACA